AAACAAACGAAGGUUGGAGGGAAAAUUAAUUAAUCCCAAAUCCCAAACCUUACCCUCUCACUGGUAUUGAAGUGGAUAAGAAAAACAGAAAAACUCACACAGCACAGAACAGAAACAGAACCAUUUCCAUUUUUCAAUUCAGCCAUGUCCAUCUCUUCCCUCUCUUCCUCCUUCUCUUCUCUCACCCUCAAACCUUCAAAUCCCAAUCUCCAUGGAAAUCCCACCACCCUCCAUUCCUCAUUCAUCCCCUUCUACAAAAUCCCAAUUCCAAAACCCCUUUCCCUCCCUCAAUCCCAUUCAUCUGCUCCAAUCAGCGCCACAUAUGAAGCCGGUGUCGGUGUAAUGGGCACCAAGCUCGGAAUGAUGUCGUAUUUCGAGCCUUCCGGCGAGGUUGUUCCCGUCACCGUUGUUGGGUUCAGGGAAGGGAACAUUGUGACCCAGGUGAAAACGGAGGCUACUGAUGGAUACAGUGCGGUUCAGGUGGGUUACCGGAGGGUUCGAGACCGGAAAUUGACGAAGCCGGAAAUGGGCCACCUCGAGAAGUCUGGGAUUAUUCCGUUGCGGCACUUGCAGGAGUUCCGGCUCGAGAAAGUUGAUGGGUUCGAGCCUAAUCAGCGGCUGGUGUUCGAUGAGUUGUUCAAGGAAGGGGACUUGGUGGAUGUUUCUGGGACCACCAUUGGGAAAGGAUUCCAAGGUGGGAUCAAGAGACACAACUUUAAGAGAGGACUUAUGACCCACGGGUCAAAAAGUCAUCGGCAACUUGGAUCAAUUGGAGCUGGGACAACUCCUGGGCGUGUGUACAAGGGAAAGAAAAUGCCCGGAAGAAUGGGGGGCACCAAGACAAAGAUAAGGAAGCUGAAGAUAGUCAAGAUUGAUAAUGAGCUUCGGAUUGUGAUGAUCAAGGGUGCUUUACCCGGUAAGCCAGGAAAUCUUCUCCGUAUCACUCCCGCAAAGAUUGUUGGAGUUAACAUACCAAAGAACUAAAUCUGUUUCUCUGUCUCUGUCUCUUGUCUUUGGACAAUUAAAUCUGUGUAAUUUAUGCUUCCUAAGAGUAAUAUCAUUUCCGGAAUUUCUUGCCUGCCACCAUCUUUGCUUCCCUCCUGCAUUUUCAUAUCGACACUUCUUUCACCUUAAACCAUUGCUUGUUCCUACUAGUUUAGGCAGAAAUGGGAGAUUUAUGUCGUUGCUUCUUUCAAAUUGAGGUUCAAAUCCUGAUCACAAAUGCAUCCCUAUAAACAGUGGGAGAUUUAUGAUACACCAUUAAGUCUUUGUCUUCUCUUGCAACCCUAAUUAAUCUUGUCCGCAAUCAAUGCAAAUACAACAGUGAGCAUUCUUUUUCAAAUUACUUUGGUGUUGUAAUGGAUAAAACCACUUGGUGAAUUAAAGCGAAAAAAUGAGGAAAACAAAACAUUGCUUCAUGACGGGAGUGAAGAGAAAUUCCAUUCCAUCAACCAGAAUGCCAGAAAGGUUCUCUGAAGGGUUGUAAUCAAUAAAUUAGGCUCUUUUCACAGUAUG